GACCGAGCGGAGCAGUGAAUGAAAUGAGUGUUGCGAGAGUAAGAUUGUCCAAAUAAGUAGAACUCUUGCUGCAACCCUAGUACAACCAACACCAGUGAAAGCUGUUGGUGACACAACAUACAGCAACCAAAAAUAAUCAACCCAGGAAAUUAAAAACUGACUUGCUUACCCCGCCCUAUUCACUUAAUUCCCUCGUGUACCAAACUUCUUGAUCGGUGUUGAGUCAACUCCGUUCUUCGUGAUUCAUGUCAAUCCCCAUCCUAAAGACUCCUGCUCGGGAGCAAGUCUGAUUGCGCUCGAUUUCGCAUUAUUAAAAUCAUCGUGACGUUUCGAUUACUAAAUACUAAUUUUCUGUGCUCUUGUCCUGGACCACACCAAACAAAGUUGUGUUUGAAAUUUCUACUAGUUUUGAUUGUGCUUGUAUUUACCUACUCCUACGACUCCUGUGACUAUGCUCCACCAGAUGAAGAAUCUCCGCCGUUCUGGCGCUGUUCGAUCGGCCAGUCGUGCGGCAACCGCGCCGCUCGCGUCUUCGUCGAGGCAGGCAAGUUCCUUCGUUUGCUCGCCGGUGGUCGCAAACACGACUGCACCUCCAUCGUCGGCAACAUCGUCGUCGAGUAGCUCUACCGCAAGAACAUCUCGAAGAAACUUUGCGUCGAUGCGUACGUUGGCAAAGGUGCACGCGGAGGAGGGGAUCUGGAUGAACGAGGUGCCGAUCCCGAAGCCGGGCUAUAACGACGUGCUGAUAAAAAUCAAGAAGACCGCGAUUUGCGGCACCGACGUGUCCAUCUACAAGUGGACGCCCUGGGCGCAGAACGCGGUGCCCGUCGGACUCACGGUCGGCCACGAGUACUCCGGCGAGAUCGUGGAAAUGGGCGAGGGCGCGGCGCAGAAGGGCCUGAAAAUUGGCACCCGCGUGUCCGGGGAGGGACAUUUGGUGUGCGGGAUGUGCCGCAAUUGCCGUGCGGGGCGCCGGCACCUGUGCCGGAAAACCGAGGGGAUCGGCGUCAACAUGCCGGGGGCGUUUGCCGAGUAUCUGGCGCUGCCGGCGGAGAACGUGUUUAUUCUGCCAGAUUCCAUCUCCGACGACGUCGCGUCGAUCCUCGAUCCCUUGGGAAACGCGGUGCACACGGCCUUCGCAUUUGACCUUGUCGGGGAGGACGUCUUGGUCACGGGCGCGGGGCCGAUUGGAAUCAUGGGCGCCAUGUUGGCGAAGAGAGCUGGGUACUGGAGGAAAUGUUGUCUAGUAGGGCAUGGCUUUUUCUGCAUGAGAAAAUCUAGUGCAACCUCUUCUACUGCAGAUACUUAUGAUAUUAUGCAGCUAUGCAUCCACAAUUUUCACCGCGAAUAUAUGUAUCCAAAUACAGUGCGCGGCGCGUGGCCAUCACCGAUGUCAACGACUACCGGUUGGAGCUCGCGAGAAAAAUGCCCCAGAUCGACCGCGUGGUCAACGUCGCGAAAGAAGAUCUCUCCGAGGUCGCUUUCGACGAAAUGGGGUUGAAAGAAGGAUUUGACGUCGGGCUCGAGAUAUCAAAUGCAAACAUGUCUGGGUCUGGAAGAGUCCGAACUUGUGAUGCUGCAUUUGGAUUCCAAAAAAAUCUGCAUUGCAUGACCAGCAAAGGGAAUCGAUUUUGGCUACGCGGAGAGGGCAUCUGUCAUGCGGAAUAGGCAUCAAGAAGUCCUCAAAAAGUCUGUGAUGCUAGGGCAUGCAUCACAGACCUCAUGGCCCACGCAAAACGUGCAUGACGAGUCUCAGAAUCUUCCAGACCCAGACAUUUUUGCAGUUGAUACGAGAUGUCGGGGAACGAGCACGCGUUUGUCAACAUGAUUCAUACCAUGAACAACGGGGGCAAGAUCGCGCUGCUCGGUCUCGUGCCGGACUCCGCACAAAUCCCCUGGUCCGAUGUCAUUUUCAAGGGGCUGGAAAUCAAAGGUAUAACUCGUUAACUCAUCAAUUUGUUAGUUACUUCCCGGUAGUACACGAAGAUGUGCCGUUGCGCUUCCGCUACUGCAACAAUAGAGGCUAUGGAUUCGAAUUCCACAAACACAAAUGCGGCAAAAGCGAUUUUCUCUUUUAUCGCAGGUAUCUACGGGCGUGAAAUGUACGAGACGUGGUACAAAAUGAUGGCGGUUCUCGACUCGGGAUUCGACGUUUCGCCGAUCAUCACGCACCACUACGCGAUCAAAGACUACCAAACCGCGUUCGAGAAAGCGGUGUCGUCAUCUUCCGGCAAAGUCAUUCUGAACUGGCAAGAUUUGUGA